CUUCUCUUUUAGAACUGCUAAUACACAGCAGCCACACACACACACAGCAAAAUGCCUGAAGCUGAGGUAGUAUACUCCGAUGUGAAGCUUGCAAGAGGAAAAAAGAGAGCCAAUGAGGCCGUUAACACAUGGACUGACUCGACUUACUCUGAAAUCAAGAUCUCAAAGACUCAGCCAUCCACAGCAGAGCUGUCUGAGGAUCCUCAACAAGCUGUGGUGAGGAAAGGGUCAAAGGUCACCUCAGAGAGAGUGGUCCUGGUGGUUCUCGGUGUUCUCCUGUCAGCUGCUCUCAUUGCUCUGUGUUUUACCACAUUUGAAAUAAUUAAAGCUAACAAGAAGGUCAAAUAUCUGGAAGAUGACAAAAUGAAGUGUGAUAAUAAUCUCACAGAGACUCUCUCUAAGAUAAAAUCAUGCAGCACGGCACAGCCGACCUGUCCAGUACCUAAAGUAAUAG